UCACUGUGCAAUCUACUAAUAAAAGUCUCAAUUAAUCAAUCAAUCAAUGUAUUGUAGCGGCUGGCUGCGGGCUGUUAGCCAAUGACUUGGGCCGGGGGGCGGGACUUCCGGGGAGAGAUAGGGAAGUGACGUUGUUGAUAGGAAGUAAGUAUUGGCGGGAAAAGAGGGAAGAGAAGACACACUGACAUUGUUGUGCCUUCAAUCUCAUCUUCUGCAAUUAAGGCAAGACAUGAGCCUACAUUAUUACAUUAUUAUUGUUACAUUCCUGCAUUAUUACACUAUUACCUUUGUCAUUGUUACAUUAUGGCUUGUGCUAGCAAUGUAGCAUCAGCAAGCUAACAAGAGAGGCGGUCAUAUUAGCUUAGCACAAACCGGAAUAGAUUAGCACGAUAUAUUUAUUUUAAACUGUAUACAGUAAACAUUCAAUAACAAUGCAGUGUAGCAGCAAUUGUAUUGAUGUAUUUCAUUAUAUGGUGAGAUACAUUAGCUAGCUUUAGCACCAGCAAGCUAACAUGUGACAAGACUUCUUUUAGGAAAAUAACAUGUAUUUUAUUUAUCAACUAACUAGCAAUAAUGUUUCUGUUCUUUUCUGGUAAGACUAGUCACGACAGGGCUACAUUGACCAAAAUUGUCUAAGAUUUAAUUCCCUCCAGCAUGAGUUAAUUGCUCCUUAGCUGAAUUCAAGCCAGUUAGCAUUAGCUUAGCAUUAGCUUCACAAAACUAACAAGAUAGAAAAAUAAUCCAAUAAAUAUCUAGCAACAUUUAUAUGUAUUCAUUCAUUUAUCGUUUGUAUUUAUAGAUAUCUGCUAGAGUAGAUAGUAUUAUUAAUAGGGUAUUUACUUAGCCUACAUUGAAUGGCCUUAGCAUCAGCAAGCUAACCAGUUAGCAUUAUAACAGUAUAAAAAACAACAUUUAAUGUGCAAUUUUCGAAAGUCAGCGAAAUCUAAAUGAGAAGUGAUCAUUUAAAGUGGUUUAAAAUGAAGGUUGAAGCAAACAUCAUGAGAGGAGGAUUUGGACAUGUGACGUCAUCUUUGGACAAGUGACGUCAUCUUUGGACAAGUGACGUCAUCUUUGGACAAGUGACGCCAUCUUUGGACAUGUGACGCCAUCUUUGGACAUGUGACGCCAUCUUUGGACAUGUGACGUCAUCUUUGGACAUGUGUCAUGUGUGUGAGAGCUCAUAGGGAGCAGACAGGAGGAGGAGAGUCAGACUCAUCUCCCAAGAAGGCAAACAUGAGCCAGCAGCAGCUGAGCAGCUCACCUUCCCUCAAACCUUUCUUCCUGAAGACACCUGUCCAGGUGGGCAGCCCGCUGAGACAGAGGAGACACACGCUGCCCGCCAGCGAGUUUAGGAACCUGACGCCUCAGGACGCCAUCAGUGUCUUUGAGAUCGAGAGAGAAGCCUUCAUCUCUGUGUCCGGUGAGUGCCCUUUGACCCUGGAAGAGGUCCUGCACUUCCUGGGUCAAUGUCCUGAGCUGUCCUUGGGCUGGUUUGAGGAGGGCCAGCUGGUCGCCUUCAUCAUUGGAACGGGUUGGGACAAAAAGAGGCUUUCACAGGAGGCCAUGACACGACAUGUGGCGUCCACGUCGACGGUGCACAUCCACGUGCUGUCAGUGCAUCAUCAAUGUCGCCAGCAAGGCAAAGGCUCCAUCCUGCUGUGGCGCUACCUGCAGUACCUGCAACACCUGCGCUGCAUGGCCACGCCCCGCAGGGCUCUGCUCAUAUGCGAGGACUUCCUGGUGCCCUUCUACCUGAAAGCCGGCUUCAAGGAGAAAGGCCCGUCGGCCAUCAGCGUGUCCAACAUGCACUUCAGGGAGAUGGAGUACCUGCUGGCGGCUCACGCCUACGCCCGCAGGAACAGCGGCUGCUAGCAAACUCUUCAUGAUCAGCAAUCUUCACCAAGACUUUGCUCACUUCCUUCACAUUGACAACACCCGAGGAGUUUGUGGCUGCUGCUGCCACUUCAUUAUUAAGACAAAAACACUUUUUAUUUCAACAGACUCUCGCAAAACUCCAAAGACUGACCACACACUUCCUGUCUUCACAAUAAAAGCCCUAUAAAUAUAUGAAUAUUAACCUCUCAUAAAUAAAUGAAUAUAAAUGAUGUAUAUGAAUGUUAACCUCUCAUAAAUAAAUAAAUGAAUAUAAAUGAUGUACAGUAUAUGAAUGUUAACCUCUCAUAAAUAAAUGAUGUACAGUAUAUGAAUGUUAACCUCUCAUAAAUAAAUGAAUAUAAAUGAUGUAUAUGAAUGUUAACCUCUCAUAUAUAAAUGAAUAUAAAUGAUGUAUAUGA